AUGAAAUAUUUCAUAUUUCUAUCAUUUAUUUCAAAUGCUCUGAAUAUUAAUGGAUUCCUGAUGAAUUCUUACACUCCUUUGAGGGUAAAUUCGAUGCUCAAUAUGAGCUGGGCCUAUCCCCUUUUCGAUGAUUCUCCUAGUAAACCUAUAAGAAGAAAGAUUAAUCAGGCUUUUGAGCGCGGUCCCAUCAGGACCAAUGCUUCUUUAACUUAUGAAUACGCCAAUAGACUUGCUCAAAACAUGUUCCAUGUUCCUGGAGUAGGUGAGCUGCCGUACAACACUGAGGAGGGUUUGGGCCAUUCUGAGGACAUUCACACGAGUCCUGAAACUGCCUGCGGUGGAGUGGACAUUGACGAAAAGGAGUUUAACAAGAUUCGCAGCGUUUACAAGGUUUUCAACGACAACAACUGUGGUGUGGUUAAGAUCAUUGGUGCGAAAAUGCGCCAUUUUUCCUUUUUAUACCUGGGUCCUAUGGAAAAAAAGUACGGCAUCAAGUGCUACUUGCGCUACUUGAUCAACAGGGUGUACCCUGGUUCCAAGGUUACUGUAUUAACUCCCGAGUCUCACGACCCAUCUCCCAUAAGAAAGGGCGUUUACCACGGUCUUUUCAGCAAGCAGAAGCGCUUCAUGAUCUCUGGUAGGGACUUUUGGGAAUCCUACGAGGACGGUCUUCCCACUGAGGGCUCAUUGCCACAGAAACUUGACAUGCUAAUAUGA